GUUGAGGUUGUGUUAUGAAAUGUGGAGCCCAACUGCUUCCACCGAAGAAUUGAUAUUUCUCUGUGUCAUCAUCCACUUCUCUCUAUCCCUUGGCUGCAAAAAGUGCUCAAUCUCCGCUCCCCUCUCUCUCUUUCUUUGUACUUCCGUUUUUUCUUUUUUUUUUUUUCUUUCCCUUCUUUAAAGACAGCUUAAUGCCUCUUUGACUCUCUCACUUUCAUUCCAUUUCUUCUUCCUUUUGCGGGUCUCUUUCUCUUUCUUUGACUCUCAGAUCGACUGUUUCAGCCCAAGUUUUCUUCUUCUUCCAUUUAGGUAAUCUUGGAGACGUAAAAAACAGUCAGAUCUAAGACAUAUACACAUUCUUUAGCAGCUACAAUGUCCUUUACUGGUACCCAGCAGAAAUGCAAGGCUUGUGAGAAGACUGUAUAUCCCAUGGAACUUCUAUCUGCGGACGGUGUUCCUUAUCAUAAGUCUUGCUUUAAGUGCUUUCACUGCAAAGGCACUUUAAAGCUGAGCAAUUAUUCCUCGAUGGAAGGUGUACUAUACUGUAAGCCUCACUUCGAGCAGCUGUUCAAGGAGACGGGUAACUUCAACAAGAAUUUUCAAUCACCUGCAAAGUCGGCUGAGAAGUUAACUCCUGAACUGACAAGGUCACCUAGUAAAGCUGCUAGCAUGUUUUCUGGGACACAAGAAAAGUGUGCUACUUGUGGUAAAACUGCUUAUCCACUUGAGAAGGUAACAGUGGAGAGCCAGGCCUAUCACAAGUCAUGUUUCAAAUGCUCUCAUGGUGGGUGUUCCUUAUCCCCGUCAAAUUAUGCAGCCCUUGAGGGUGUUUUGUAUUGCAAACAUCAUUUCUCCCAACUUUUCAAGGAGAAGGGAAGCUACAAUCAUCUUAUCAAGUGUGCAUCAAUGAAACGUGCAGCAGCUUCUGUUCCUGAAGCCUGAAUACCUUGUCAACAAUCUAAUAUCUAUGCGUGUGUGGCUUUACUAUUUUUCGGUGUGCUUUCCUUCGGAUCCGACUUGCAUUAUGAGGAAUUGGCAAAACUUUGUUCUGCCUCCUUUUUGGCAUUUAGUUCAAUUUAUUGGGCAUAUUGUUGUGUUUGAUUGAUGGAUGGGACACACAUUCCCACAAUUGUAAAAUGACCUGUGGAGGACUUUCUGCAAAUGUGGAAGUUACCAAUGCUGCUUCAUUUUCA